CCCUUGGCUGGGCUGGUGUGUAUGUCGGCGUCCAGAAAGUCGGUGACGCUCACCCUCCUCGACGAUGGCGCGUCUGAGGGUCACCGCUUUGGCAUCAACGCGCUGGCUUCGACUUGCGCGUCGGCGUGGGGAUCGUCGCGCGAGCUCUUUACCGGCGGCCGUGACGGCUCGGUGCGCUGCUGGCGCGAGCCCGAGGGUGGUGGAGUCCCGCGGCUGCGCUUCACCGUGGACGAGCACACAGACUGGGUCAACGACCUCGCGCUGCUGACGGACGGCGAUCUGACCUCUGCUGUCGUUUCCGCCUCGAGCGACCGGACGAUCAAGCUCUGGCGGCCCGAGGGCGAGACGGGGACGCCGUCAAAGUGCUACACGCUGCGGCAGCACACCGACUUUGUCAAGGUGCUCGGGUACGCGGCGGACGCGGGCACACUCGCCUCGGCCGGCUGCGACUGCUGCGUGGUCGUGUGGGACGUGGCGCGCCUGGCGCCGCGAGUCGUCAUCGGCGGCAGCGAGGGCGCGCGGGCGCACGGAGACUCCAUCUACGCGCUGGCGGUGAAGCUCGACGGCGGGCUCAUCGCCACGGGCGCCGUCGACGCGACCCUCCGCCUCUGGGACCCUCGCGCGCAGGCGGCGGCGGUCGGCUCUCUGGUGGGCCACACAGACGUGGUGCGCGGGAUCGCGAUCUCUGCCGACGGCGGCUGCCUCGUCUCGUGCAGCUCGGACCGCUCGGUCAAGCUCUGGAGCAUCGGCCAGCGACGCGUGCAGGCCGAGCUCAGGCCGCACAGCGACUCGGUCUUCUGCAUCGACGUCGACGAGUCGUGCUCCCGCGUCCUCUACGGCGGCCGCGACGGACUGGUCCUCGACGACUCUUUCGCCGCGCACGCGUCGCCGCCGCCGCCGCCGCCGCCGCCGCGAGGGGUCUGCCAGGUCGGCGCGCCGGCGCUGAGGCUGCACCGCCCGGCUUGGGCGCCAGAGCUGCUCUGGGUGGCAACCUCGGACUCGUCCCUCUCCUGCUGGCGCGCGGCGGCGGGCGCGGGAGGCGGCGCGGGCGGCGCGGCGGCGGGCGGCGAUCUGGCGCGGCGGCACGAGAGAGGCGGGAGCGGAGAUUGCAGCGAGGCUCCGCCCUCCCACCGGGUGGCAACGAUCCGAGGCAGCGCCGCUGUGAAGCGGCUGGCGGUGCUGCCGUGCAAGCGGCGCAUCCUGACCGAGGACACGCGCGGGCUCUGCGCGCUGUGGGAGGCGCUUCUCCAGCCUCUUCCCCGUGUCGCGGCCGACGUGCUGCCGCGGGGCAGCUGCGUGCGCCGCUUCGACGCGGGCGAGAAGUACGACAAGCUGCUCGCCGAGCUGGCCGAGCCGACGGCGCAACGCACGUACAGCGCCUCGUGGUUCACCGCAUCGGCUCGCUCGGGCGCGCUCGAGCUCACGCUGUGCGCGAGCAGCGCCUUCAACGCCGAGGGAUACGCCUCUGAGCUCGGCAUCGCCGGACAGGAGGACUUUCGGGUCAACCUCGGCGAGCAGCUCUUGUGCGCCCUCUUUGCCAGCUGGCGCGAGCGCCAAAAGCCCUCCCGUGCCGCUGCCAACGGCGCGGGAGGCAGCGGCGCCGGGGGCGGCGGCGCUGGCGGCGCUAACUCUGGCGGCGCGGGGAGCGACGGCGGCGGCGGCCAGUGCGCGUUCCGCUCGCUGGAGCAGACGCCGGUGUUGAUAUGCGACGGCAGCGUGGUGACGGCGCGCAGCAGGGCGUCCCGUCUCGGCGACUUGCCCGACGGCGCGGUACCGUCGUGGGUGGGGCAGGCCGUGCUGCACGCGCAGUUCUCUCCGAGGGCACCGCUCAAGCUCUCCUUCUUCCUGCAGCCGCACCCCGCCUCGGGCCUGCCGCUGCUGCCGCCCGACUGCAACAAGCUCGCCGCCGCGACCGCUCUCCGCCUCGACAAGGUCAUCGCGUACGUCGAGGAGCGCGUCCCGUCGGGCAAGCCGCUCGCCCUCUUUGCCAGCGGCAAGCCGCUCGCGCCCGACAUGUCCCUCGGCGCGGUGCGCGCUUUUGUAUGGAAGUCGGCCGACGAGAUGGUGCUGCAGUACAAGCAGGCCUGACGCGACUCAGCAGCAGCCCGGGGGCCAGCGUGGGGCCGUUCCAGCGAGGCAUCUCCUCUCUUGCGGCCCGGGGUGCGAACGGUUGCCGCAUGACGGUUGCGCACGCCCAUAUGGCCUACCAUUCCACACUGGUGUGAAUACGUCCCGAACCCAUACUUGGGACCCGUAGCAUAUGGUGCGCACGCCGCAUGCACACCACAGCAGGCGCCAGCACCCGCCAGCAGAGGAGGCGCGUGGAAAACGGCUCUCUGCGCGUGAAACGUAUUAAUACAACUCGCACACGUGCACCCCGAGCCAGCUGCACGCGUCCU